UUCACUCCAGAUCGGUAGAUGGUGGCAAUCAACAAUGUAAUCCUCACACUGUGUGUUACUAUCACUCCAGGACAGACGGUGGCAGUAGAGAGCACAAACACAGUCACAUAUCCGUCACCAACCAGGACACAGUUAUGGACUUGUAUUUUAACUCCCGGCUGCUCAACGCUUACCGUCCUUGUUAAAGCGAGCCAUUACGCAUUAACGUUAGUGUGAAAAAUGACCUGCUUAAAGCAAACGUUUUCUAAAGGACCUCGUCUAAGAGUCGGGCGGCUGGUCGGUGCAGCUUUAACCUCCUGCAGAUGUUUCCAUGCUGAACUAGUGAGGCAUGAGUCCAGCGGACUUCCCAUAAUUCAUCACAGCAGGUACGUGUGUGAGCUCCCACCCAAUCACAGGUUCCCAAUUGGCAAGUUCCCCCGUGUGUUACACUGUUUAAUAAAAGACCAGGUCAUCACACAGAAGCAGGUGUGGGUCCCCGAAAUUGCUUCUAAAGAUUUACUCAGCUGUGUGCACACAGAGGAAUACUUGAACAACUUCAUGAACGGGAAGAUAAAUGAGCAAGAACAAAGGAGGACAGGUUUCCCCUGGAGCGAAGGCAUAGUGAGACGCUGCCGAUAUGAAACAGGUGGGACUGUCCUCGCUGCUGAAGUCGCCCUGCAGAGGGGCUUGGCGUGCAGCACAGCAGGGGGGACACAUCACGCUUUUCCAAGCUAUGGUUCAGGGUUUUGUCUCCUCAACGACUUGGCAGUUGCAGCCAAAUGCCUGAUCUCGUCCUCCGAAAGGAAGGUUCUGAUUGUGGAUCUAGAUGUUCAUCAGGGUGACGGCACGGCUUUCAUUUUUAAAGAGGAGCCGCGUGUGUUUACGUUCUCGGUGCACUGUGGGAAAAGCUUUCCCCUCCGUAAACAGCAGAGCGACCUAGAUAUCAGUGUGGAGGAGGGGCUGGAAGACAAGGAGUACCUCUCCACGGUGGAGGCUCACCUUCCCUGGCUGCUGGAGAGUUUUCGCCCUGACGUGGUUCUGUAUGACGCGGGCGUCGACCCUCAUUGGGAAGACGAACUCGGGAGGCUCCGUCUCACUGAUCAAGGGCUGUAUCGGAGAGAUCUGUACGUGCUGAAGACCGCGGUGAGCAGAAGUGUUCCCGUCGCUGCUGUUAUUGGAGGGGGAUACUCGAGGGACAUCGACAAACUGGCCCUCAGACACUCCAUUGUCCACAGAGCAGCGAGUCAGGUUUGGAGGGAGUGUGGGAUGUAAAGCCUGCAAAUUAAGAGGACCUUCACAAGUGAAAUACUGAUGCUUGAUCUUUAGGAGCCAGUGCCAGUAUUUGAGAAUAAAAUAAUAUGCUAAUGCUAUACAAACCAAUACUUGUUUUAUAUAAUGUAUAUUUGUAUGCUGUACAUGCAACAGUUUUACCAGAAUCAGGAUAUUUUCUUUUGGGAAGUUGGUGCUCACAGUCAUGCAAGUGACUCUUUACUGCAGAAUGAACAGAUGUUCAGCUUGCUGUUUACCUCAUCAAAGUACUGCACUGGUAUUUGUAUCGUAGUAAUUGUCUGUGUAACCAUUAAAUAUUCUGUUAUUGAGCCAUAAAA